AUGAUGAAGGUUCCAAUCAUAGCUUUUGGAGAUUCAAUCCUGGAUACUGGAAAUAACAACAACAUCACAACUAUAGUCAAAUGCAAUUUCCUUCCUUACGGUCAAGAUUUUGAAGGAGGGACUCCAACAGGUCGAUUUUGCAAUGGCAAAAAUCCCUCAGACUUGAUAGUUGAAGAAUUAGGUAUUAAGGAGCUUUUACCAGCUUAUUUGGAUCCAAAUCUAAAGCCAAGUGACCUUCCUACUGGUGUAUCCUUUGCUUCUGGUGCUUCUGGUUAUGAUCCUUUAACUUCUAAAAUUGUGUCGGUGAUUUCAAUGUCUAAACAACUAGAAAUGUUCAAAGCAUAUAUAGAGAGGCUUAAAGGUGUGGUUGGAGAGAAAAGAAAAAACUUCAUCAUAGCAAACACACUUUUCAUUGUAGUAGCUGGAAGUGAUGAUCUUGCAAACACUUAUUUUACUAUUCGCACCCCCAGGAAACUUCAAUAUGAUGUUCCUGCUUAUACUGAUCUUAUGGUUAAAGAAGCUUCCAAGUUCGUUAAGGGAAUAUAUAAACUUGGAGCAAGAAGAAUUGCAGUGUUCAGUGCACCACCUAUUGGAUCCAUACCAGCACAGAGGACACUAGGUGGAGGUGUAUUUAGAAAUAUCAAUGAGAAAUACAAUGAAGCAGCCAAGUUAUUUAACUCCAAACUCUCUAAGGAAAUGGAUUAUCUUCGUUCUAGUUUGCAUAAUAGUAGGGUUGUUUAUAUUGACAUAUACGAACCCCUACUUGAUAUCAUUCUAAAUCCUCAAAAAUAUGGGUAUAAAAUUGCAGAUAAAGGUUGUUGUGGAACAGGAAAACUAGAAGCAUCAAUUUUAUGUAACCCUUUGACUCCAACUUGUGCUGAUAAUUCAGAAUAUGUGUUUUGGGACAGCUAUCAUCCUACAGAAAAUGUAUACAGAAAGCUUCUGGCUGAAGUUCUUCCAAAAUAUGUGGAUCGCUUAACAUGA